AUGGCCAAUUUCAAAGCUGCAAGGGUCAUACCUGAAGAUCUUAAUUGGCACCAGAAGAGGAAAUUCUUGAGAGAUGCACACCAAUAUGUGUGGGAUGAUCCUCAUUUGUUCAAAAUCGGAGCUGAUCAACUGUUGAGAAGGUGUGUAUCCAAUGAUGAGGCAAAGAGCAUUCUGUGGCACUGUCAUAGUUCCCCAUAUGGAGGGCAUUUUAAUGGAGAGAGGACAGCUGCAAAAGUCCUCCAAUCUGGAUUUUAUUGGCCCACCUUAUUCAAAGACGCACACAAAUAUGUGCAACACUACAAUAGUUGUCAGAGAAUAGGGGGAAUCUCAAAAAGACAUGAAAUGCCACUGAAUAUCAUUUUAGAGGUUGAGGCCUUUGAUUGUUGGGGAAUCGACUUUGUGGGACCACUGCCAUCUUCUUUCUCAAAUGAAUACAUUUUGGUGGCAGUUGAUUAUGUGACAAAGUGGGUUGAAGCAGUAGCAGCUCCUAAGGCCGAUGCCAAAACUAAAUGUUUGGAACAUUAUGGAGUGCGGCAUAAAAUUGCAUCACCUUAUCAGCCACAGACCAAUGGACAAGCGGAGGUGUCAAACAGGGAAAUCAAGCGUAUUCUAGAGAAGACAGUGGCAUCUUCAAGAAAAGAUUGGUCAAUGAAGUUGGAUGACGCACUUUGGGCCUACAGAACUGCUUAUAAGUCUCCCACAGGUUUAUCCCCAUUCCAGUCCAUGGCUAGAACAAAGACAACAUCUAGACUUCCCACUACUGAACCCAACAAAGGGAAUAUGAGAAGACGUGCAAGUAGCUCUUCUCCUGAAAGGCCAAUAAGCAACCGUUUUAGGGACCCCGAAAGAGAAGAACCGUAUGAGAAGAUAAAGAACUGA